CGUUGCCGGGGCCCGGCGGCGGCGGCGGCGGCGAUGGUGAAAGAAACGAUCCGGGUGUACGCGCGGGUGAAGCCGCUGGGCAGGCGGCAGCAGGCAGGGAAUUAUUCUGUUGAUAAUGAGGAACUUCUGCCCAGUCUGGAGAUUACUGUGCCACGUGACUUAGCAGACGGGUUCAUCAAUAAUAAACGAGAAAGCUACAAGUUCAAAUUUCAGAAAAUUUUUGAUCAAGAGGCAAAACAAGAUGUGAUUUUUGACAGCAUUGCCAAACCAGUAGCAGAAUGUGUUUUGGCUGGAUACAAUGGUACUAUCUUUGCAUAUGGUCAGACAGGAAGUGGCAAAACUUUUACCAUCACAGGAGGAGCAGAACGCUACAGUGAUCGAGGCAUCAUUCCCAGGACUUUAUCUUAUAUUUUUGAUCAAUUGCAGAAGGAUAGCAGUAAAGUGUACACAACUCAUGUUUCCUACUUGGAAAUCUACAAUGAAUGUGGUUAUGAUCUGCUUGACCCAAGACAUGAGGCCUCCAAAAUGGAAGAUUUGCCAAAAGUGACAAUAAUGGAAGACUCUGAUCAAAACAUUCAUCUGAAAAACUUGUCUCUUCAGCAAGCAACAAAUGAAGAGGAAGCCUUAAACCUACUUUUCUUGGGGGACACCAACAGAAUGAUUGCUGAGACACCAAUGAAUCAAGCCUCAAGCCGAUCUCACUGCAUUUUCACUAUUCACAUCUCCAGCAAGGAACCUGGAUCUGCAACUAUCCGACGCUCCAAGUUGCAUUUAGUAGAUCUUGCUGGAUCAGAACGUGUUGCAAAGACUGGAAUUGGAGGCCACUUACUGACAGAAGCCAAAUAUAUCAACCUGUCCUUGCAUUAUUUGGAACAGGUAAUAAUUGCCCUUGCAGAGAAAAACCGGUCCCACAUUCCAUACCGAAACUCUAUGAUGACCUCAGUGCUAAGAGACAGCCUGGGAGGAAACUGCAUGACUACCAUGAUAGCAAUGCUUGCUAUGGACAAAAGAAACAUAGAUGAAUCUAUAUCAACCUGCAGAUUUGCACAGCGAGUUGCUCUUAUUAAGAAUGAAGCAGUUCUUAAUGAAGAAAUUGACCCCAGACUGAUGAUUAUCCAGCUGAAAAAGGAGAUCCAGGAUUUGAAGGAUGAGUUGGCACUGGUGACUGGCAAGCAAAGAAAAUCAGAGCUUUCCCAAGAAGAGCUACUUCAGUUGGAUGAGUUAAUUGAAACAUUUCUCAAAGAUAAUGAUCCUGAUAGCUCUCUAGAUGUUGGUGCUGACAUGCGGAAGAUCAAGUAUUGCUUCGUUCAUAUGAAGCAAAUUAUAAAUCACCCAAUGAGUUCAGGUAAAAAACUGCUGUCACAAGACAUCUCUGAAGAAAAAAGCUGUAAUGAAGAACUGGAAAAACUGAAAGGACUUCUGCAACAAAGAGACAAUGAAAUCAAUAUUCUGGUAACUAUGCUGAAAAAAGAAAAAAAGAAAGCACGAGAUACUCUUUCCCAGCUUAAUGCCACCUCUGCUGGUUCUGCAGUCUUGGAGCAGUCUCCUUUUAUGAGCUUCGAAGAAAGGCAGAGUCCAUCUAGAUGUUCUAGUCAGAUAGAGGCAAAAGUUUUCAGCUCUUCCAUUCCCAAACUACCUUUUCUUUCCAGAGCAACAGGAGGAAAGAUGUCACUUGGAUGUCAGGAAGCUUUUGAAAUUUUCAAGCGGGACCAUGCUGACAGUAUAACCAUUGAGGACAACAAACAGCUUCUGAAGCAGAGGUUUGAUGAAGCUAAAUGUCUUGGAGAGAAAUUAAAUGAAGUGAGAAAUAAAAUAAACCAUCUGAAAGGAAAGAUAAUCCAGAGGCAGAUACAGAGAGCAGCUCUAGCUGUUUCAAAUCCUUCUGAAGAACUAACGUUUGAUCCAGUAGAAGAGAAUCUUCGAAUGCAAAUUGAAGAAGAAAAAAAAAGCUAUAAAACAGUGUACAGUCGCUUCAAAGGACUGAAGGUAGAGAUUGAGCACCUGCAGUUUCUUAUGGAAAAAGUGAAGAUGAAGCUGCAAAAAGACUUUGAAGUCUGGUGGUCUGAAGAGGCAGAAAAAUUCCAGGUCCAGCAGGAAAAGCCAGAGAUGGUUGCCUCACCAAAUACUGUCAAUCCUGUUUAUCCACAGUUUAUCAAAUCCUCGCAGCACCUAUCACCUAUCAGUUUUUUAGACACCGGCAGAGACAGCCCUAAUGAAGAUCCAGCUGUGAAAAACAAUUCAGUCACUUCUGCUAGCCCAACUUUAAAAGCAAGGACCCCACCAAGUUCAAGUACAUCUAUUCCUCUGACUGGAGACAGCCAGGCUGAUGCUGACAUCCUAGCUUUCAUUAAAGCAAGACAGAACAUCCUCCAGAAGAAAGGCUUGGGGAACAAAUGAAAUUCUUGUCACAGUCCACUAUUUCCUUUUAGAAACAGAGACCUUUAUUCUUUCCUUCCUCUUCUGUUUAGAAACAGGUACAAGUAAGUACUUCAGAUGUACAGGUUUAAUUGGUAACGGCAUAUAAAUUGUCUUUGACAGCAACAUCCAUUUCUCUGACAAUAGAUAUUUGAGUAUUUGCACUCGGUAUCUUCACCUUGCAUUAAGAUUAACAAAACUGAAACUACUAAUCAGGAGUUUGCCAAAUGUGUUUGUUUAUGAGACUUCAUCAUACAUUUCUAAAUGUUAAAAUAUCUAAAGUAUUAAUGCUCUUAUACAUCUUUAAUCUGGGAAAGACUUAUUACUACUGGUAGAAGUUUUUUGCAUUGAUUUGCAUAAGACUUUGUUAAUUAUACCUAUUGAACAUCAAGAGAUAUCCAUUCAAUAACAGUAGUUAUCUGGGUAAUAAAAUUCCAGAAAAUUUCAUUUGAGAUUUUUUCCCCCCCUCAAGGAAUAACAAUUUUCAUGUCAGAUUAUUAGAAUACUGAGAUUGAAUUGUAAUAUAAAACCAAAUGUAUUUUAGAAAGUAAUUCUAGAGCUCAAAAAUUUCCCAGCUGUUUUCUUUUUAUUUGAAUGGACUAAAUGCUGU